UCGCCUUCACAGACCCCCCCUCUGCCUCCUUCCUUCCUUUCCCACGCUUUCCAUUUCCUCCAAGGCUCCAACUCAUCACCCAGCGACCUCUCCCUCUCCCUCUCGACCAGCUCCUCCUCCCUUCGGCGUCGUCGUCGUCGGCGGCGGCAAGGGAAGCCAUUUCUUUGGGUCGAUCGUCCUCUGCCUGUCUGCCACCGUCUCUCCUGCAUCUGCGAAAUCUGAAUCUCCAUCAAGGAUCGGCGAGCGAGAGAAUCUGUGCUUCUAAUGACUGAAGAAGUGAUAAAAGAGGCCAUCGUCACCUCCACUCCUGCAUCAGCUGAACCAAAAUGCGGAGACCUCCUGAUAAACUCUCCAGUAAUCAUGGAUGGCAGCGGCGUGACACCUGAUGUCAAGAGGAAGGAGAAGCCGGUGCCGCAUUACCUGAGAGCAUCCACGAGCUCUUGCCAUGACAACUGCAAGUAUGGGAUCAAGCAUUCCUCUGAACCCAAGAAGUAUUGGCCUGUUAGUCGCAAGCAAUUGCGCCGUGCGAGCACUGGGAAUCAGGAACUCGACCGGGUUCAGAUCGUACUACCACAAAAAUACAGACCAACAAAGGAGGACCAGAAGCUCAAGGUUUCUCAUGUGAAAGGUGGUAACAGUACUGCUCCUGCUAAGCCUGAAUUCAUCACUCUGAAAGCACCACUUGAAAGUGUACCUGAUCAUUCUGAAAGCAUUCCCUGCGUGGAAGAUUCAUCAGCUGAAGCAUCUGAACUUGCUGUGGCUGGAACCCUGCCAAUUGUUUCAGAAUGCUUCGUCGUCUCUCAUGAUGAUGUGACAGACUGUGGAGAUGGAGAGUCGUUGGAUGCAGCUGAAAGCAUUGAGCUGGAGAUGCCAUUAGCUAUCCAGGACAUCGAUGAAUCCGACGAACACAUUGAGGAUACCAUUCUGCCUGCUGACAGUGUAUGCGGAGUUGAGGAACAAUCACUUGUGGAUCAUGUGCCUGAUCAAUCAGCAAAUGAGUGUGCAAGUUCAGAUAUCAGGACUCCCCAGACUGUGAUAGCUUCUGAGAAGCAUGAUCAAGCCGGGCUUGGGACUAAAUCAGAGAGUCUGUCUAAGGGGCCUGUGAAACCGAAGGCGAAGGCCACAUCGAGUAUUACGAGAGACAAAGGCUCAAGUCAGAAAAAUGGAAGAACACCUCACCUGACAUCUACCAGUACAGCAGUUGACAGCUCCAGUGGACCAAAGACAGCAAGAAAACCUGCAGAUGUUACUGUUACCACCAAAUUCAGUAACACAGAGAGAAAAUCCAGGCCUACAGUUACAUCAGCUGUGCAAAAAGCUAAGGAGAUCAAAGUACGCUCAGCAUCUAACUCAAAGGAUUCAUCUGGGGAACCAUCUAGGUUGGCAAAGCUAAAGGCUUCGACAAUGAAAACCGCGCCAUCUCCAUCACUUCCUUCAGGGAAACAGACCAACAGAAAGAUGACAGGGAACAAUGUUGGCAAGAAUCCUCAAAUUCUUCCAAAGAAGAGAGAAGAAAAGGUAAAAAUAGGUCCACUGAAACUGUCGAGAUCUUUAAACUUGUCUGGCAAGUCGCUCUCGGGUGUAAAGUUGAGGACAGUCAGAAAAGAGAAAAUUGCUCCCCCAAUCAACAGCAGCAAGAAGGUUUCUGGAACAGAAAAUUCUAGUACUGAUGCCAAGGAGGCUAAACAGAGAAUUCUGAAGACGGCUUCACCAAAACUGCGGAAACUGGAGACUAACAACAAAGAGAUCGGACCUCGCAAAGCUUCCGUUUCUGCAGAAAAAAUCGACACUGCAAGAACUGCCAACGCAAGGAGGGCAAAGCCUGCGCCGGCAACCACCUCGAGCACCGUGGUGCCAGCGCAGCCGCCUCGCAAACUGACGUUCCGGCGGGGCAAGGUACUGAACCCCGACGAGAGCAGCAGCAGCACCCCGAGACGGCUCCGGUUCAGGCCUGCCAUAGCCGCGGCAGACGCGACAGCCAGGAGCAGAGGCAGCAGCAGGGUCGCCAGCCGGAGGAUCGGCAGCGGCGGCGCUGCAGCGAGAGACGCGGGCGCCGAGGUCGUCGUGCUGCGGCGGCGGCAGGACGACGGUAAGGAGACGAAAAAGCAGGAGCCGGGGCUGUUCAACAACGUGAUCGAGGAGACGGCGAGCCGGCUCGUCGCGGAGGCGAGGAAGAGCAAGGUGAAGGCGCUCGUCGGCGCCUUUGAGACCGUCAUCUCGCUGCAGGAAACCAGCAAGGCCGCUGCUGCUCCGGCUAUGGCAGCAGGUGUCGUCGUGCCAUGAGCGAUUCUUGAUCUGCAGUGUGCGUGAUCAUCAUUCUUGGAAUUUCGUACUUGUUUUUUGGUUCCACAAAAGAGAGUUCGUAGUACUUUAAAAAAAAAAGGAAGUUCGUACAGGUUUUGUGUUUGUGCAAGGCUUGGCAUUGUACUACAGAUAAGGCCUUGUUUAGUUCGCAAA